AACUCUGGUGCAGCGGGACGCGCAGCGUGGGGACGCAGGCGCGCCAGGCGGCAGCGGUUGUUUCCGGCCCUGUCGGUGGUCUGAGUUGAGUUUCGGCGGCGGAGAAAGGAUGGAGACAAUUUUGGAGCAGCAGCGGCGCUAUCAUGAGGAGAAGGAACGGCUCAUGGACGUCAUGGCCAAAGAGAUGCUCACUAAGAAGUCCACGCUCCGGGACCAGAUCAAUUCCGACCACCGCACACGGGCCAUGCAAGACAGGUAUAUGGAAGUCAGUGGGAACCUGAGGGAUUUGUAUGACGAUAAGGAUGGGUUACGCAAGGAGGAGCUUAAUGCCAUUUCAGGACCCAAUGAAUUUGCUGAAUUCUAUAAUAGACUCAAGCAAAUAAAAGAAUUCCACCGGAAGCACCCAAAUGAGAUCUGCGUGCCCAUGUCAGUGGAAUUUGAGGAGCUCCUGAAGGCUCGAGAGAAUCCAAGUGAAGAAGCACAAAAUUUGGUGGAGUUCACAGAUGAAGAGGGAUACGGGCGUUAUCUGGAUCUCCAUGACUGUUACCUCAAAUACAUUAACCUGAAGGCCUCUGAGAAGCUGGAUUAUAUCACAUACCUGUCUAUCUUUGACCAGUUAUUUGACAUUCCUAAAGAAAGGAAGAAUGCAGAGUACAAGAGAUACUUGGAGAUGCUGCUUGAGUACCUUCAGGAUUACACAGAUAGAGUGAAGCCCCUCCAAGAUCAGAAUGAACUUUUUGGGAAGAUUCAAAAUGACUUUGAGAAGAAGUGGGAGAAUGGUACCUUUCCCGGAUGGCCGAAAGAGACAAGCAAUGCCCUGACACAUGCUGGAGCCCAUCUUGACCUCUCUGCUUUCUCCUCCUGGGAGGAGUUGGCCUCCCUGGGUCUGGACAGAUUGAAAUCUGCACUCUUAGCUUUAGGCCUGAAGUGUGGCGGAACCAUAGAGGAGCGAGCCCAGAGGCUAUUCAGCACCAAAGGGAAGUCCCUGGAGGCGCUGGACACCUCCCUGUUCGCCAAAAACCCCAAGUCAAAGGGCACCAAGCGAGAUACUGAGAGGAACAAAGACAUUGCUUUCCUGGAAGCCCAGAUCUAUGAAUACGUGGAGAUUCUUGGGGAAUAGCGACAUCUCACUCAUGAAAAUGUCCAACGCAAACAGGCAAGGACAGGAGAAGAGCGAGAAGAAGAAGAGGAAGAGCAGAUCAGUGAGAGUGAAAGUGAAGAUGAAGAGAACGAGAUCAUUUACAACCCCAAAAACCUGCCCCUGGGCUGGGACGGCAAACCCAUUCCCUACUGGUUGUACAAACUCCACGGCCUAAACAUCAACUACAACUGUGAGAUCUGUGGAAACUACACCUACCGAGGCCCCAAGGCCUUCCAGCGGCACUUUGCUGUAAGGGAUUCAGAGUCGUUUCUCCUGGAAACAAAAUACAAAACCUUGUGGGCCAAGCUGAAACUGCAGAAGGCAUCAGAACGAUGGCAGCCUGACACUGAGUGUGUAACCAAUGAAUACUCAGUCUGCCCUUUUCUCCCCGCAGUGUGGGCCAAGCUGAAACUGCAGAAGGCAUCAGAACGAUGGCAGCCUGACACUGAGGAAGAGUAUGAAGACUCCAGUGGGAAUGUUGUGAAUAAGAAGACAUAUGAGGAUCUGAAGAGACAAGGACUGCUCUAGUGUUCAGGAGUGUAUCUCAGCUUUGGGCUUGCCCAGGCUUCCCUGAGAUCUGCUUUUUCUAUUUCUCCCGACCACGUGCUCCUAAAGACUCUUUGCUACUUAGUCUUACGGUCUAGCAUGCAUCUUGUAGAGACAAGGCAUGCGGCAGAUUGUAGGGUUGAGAUGUGUUUUAUCUUUGUUUUAUAUAAAAAACAUUGUCAGAAAAUAAAACCAGCCCUUGUUCUAAA